ACCAGAAAAUCGAAAUUGGGAUGAAAAAUGAGUUUGGCGGUUAACAAUCGCGGUUCUGAAAAACGAAGGUUUUGUGAUCAAAAUUCAAAACGGUGCGCAGACGCAGGAACAGAAUCAGGAACAAAACAACGAAUCAAUGUCACUGCAGGCUCUGAAGGAAACUCUGCAACCUUGUUCGACCCAAAAACCCUCUUCCUCUUCUACAAUUACCCAAACACAGAGCAAUUCAAUUCUUCGUGACUACGAUUCCCUCUUCCCAAUCCACAGAAAACCUCCAAAAUCAUCUCUUUCCGACCAGCUUCGCCGCCUUAACGACUCACUAUCCCCAAUACACUCCAAAACCCUACAACAAGAAGAAAAAAAAGAGGAGCUACUAGAAGAAGAAGAAGAACCUGAGAUAGAGAGACCAAAAUUCGCUUCAGUUAAAUUACCACAGUUUCAAUUUGACCACACUGGACCCUUUGAGCCUCUCCUCCUGUCUUCGCAUGGAGAAUUUCCUGUAGUUCAGGUUCCUGCAUCUAUAAACUGUAGACUGCUAGAGCAUCAAAGAGAGGGUGUGCGGUUUUUGCAUGGUUUGUACAAGAACAAUCAUGGAGGCAUGCUUGGAGAUGACAUGGGUCUAGGGAAGACCAUCCAAGCAAUAGCAUUUCUUGCUGCUGUCUUUGGUAAAGAACAUUCUACCCUAAAUGAAAACCAGCUAGAGAAAAGAGACCCUGCAUUAAUAAUAUGCCCAACAUCUGUUAUCCACAACUGGGAGAGCGAAUUCUCUAAGUGGUCUAACUUCAGUGUUUCUAUUUAUCAUGGUGCAAACCGAGAUUUGAUAUUUGAUAAAUUGGAAGCAAAUGGAGUAGAGAUACUUAUUACCAGUUUUGACACAUACAGGAUUCAUGGAAGUCUGUUGUCAGAUGUCAAAUGGAAUGUUGUGAUUGUCGAUGAGGCUCAUCGACUUAAGAAUGAGAAAUCAAAACUCUAUAAAGCAUGUUUACAAAUUAAAACCCUUAGACGAUAUGGUCUCACUGGGACUAUAAUGCAAAAUAAGAUAAUGGAACUGUUCAAUCUCUUCGACUGGGUUUCACCCGGAUCUCUUGGAACACGGGAACACUUUCGUGACUACUAUGAUGAACCCCUUAAGCAUGGCCAGAGGUCAACUGCUCCUGAUAGGUUUGUACAAAUUGCUAAUAAGAGAAAACAACACCUUGUGGAAGUUCUUCAUAAAUAUAUGUUGAGAAGGACAAAGGAAGAGACCAUCGGGCAUCUUAUGAUGGGUAAGGAAGAUAACAUUGUGUUUUGUGCAAUGAGUGAUGUGCAGAAACGUAUUUACAGGAGAAUGUUACAGCUUCCUGAUAUUCAAUGCCUUAUAAAUAAGAACUUGCCAUGUAGUUGUGGUAGCCCUCUCACUCAAGUUGAAUGUUGCAAGAGGAUAGUACCAGAUGGAGUUAUUUGGCCUUACUUGCAUAGAGAUAACCCAGAUGGCUGUGAUUCAUGUCCCUUUUGCCUUGUCCUUCCGUGCCUUGUCAAGCUCCAACAGAUAAGCAAUCACCUUGAGCUCAUCAAACCAAACCCCAAAGAUGACCCUGAGAAACAAAGUAAAGAUGCAGAGUUUGCUGCUGCUGUCUUUGGCCCUGAUAUUGAUUUAGUGGGUGGGAGAACACAAAAUGAAAGUUUCAUGGGUCUAAGUGAUGUGAAACAUUGUGGCAAAAUGCGAGCGCUUGAGAAGCUAUUGUUCUCAUGGUUUUCACAGGGCGACAAAGUUCUUUUGUUUAGCUAUUCAGUAAGGAUGCUGGACAUACUGGAGAAAUUUCUUAUUCGAAAAGGCUACUGCUUCUCAAGACUUGAUGGGUCCACUCCUACUAAUUUACGCCAAUCCCUGGUUGAUGAUUUCAACUCAAGUCCAAGCAAACAAGUGUUCCUGAUAUCAACUCGUGCUGGUGGGCUUGGAUUGAACCUUGUCAGUGCAAACCGUGUUGUAAUAUUUGACCCUAACUGGAACCCUGCUCAAGACUUACAGGCUCAGGACAGGUCCUUUCGAUUUGGACAGAAGCGGCAUGUCGUGGUGUUCCGUCUUCUUGCAGCUGGUUCACUUGAAGAACUUGUUUACUCACGUCAGGUGUAUAAGCAGCAGCUCUCCAACAUUGCUGUCUCCGGAAAGAUGGAAAAACGAUAUUUUGAAGGCGUCCAGGACUGCAAAGAAUUUCAAGGAGAGCUAUUUGGUAUUUCCAAUUUAUUCCGAGAUUUGUCAGAUAAGCUAUUUACCAGUGAGAUCAUUGAACUGCAUAAAGAACAUGGACGCGAAACAGAACAAUUGGAAGAAGUAAAUCUGUCAGAACAAAGAGGUUCAUCGGUAUCAGAGUCAGAAACCAGAUUAUGUCAUAAGUCUGCUGGGGCUGCAACAAGUAAACAAGAUCUUGAAGACCUUGGCAUUGUAUAUACUCAUCGCAAUGAAGACAUUGUCAACUUUGGACCUGGGAUUCAAGGGAAAAUAAAUGCCAGCAUCCCAUCAAAUGAUAGCUUAGUCAAACCAAACAUCUCUUUGGACCAUCAAAGAAAAAUACCAGAAAAAAGUAAAGUUCGUUUGAUUGAUGAUAGGAAGAGAACCCAAUAUAAGCUCCUUGCUCAGUCUAUGGGCAUGGAAGAGCUUGCUUUUAGCAAAUGGUUAUUAUCAGCGACUCCACUUGAGAGAGAAAAAGUGCUUCUUGACUACAAAAAGAAAAAGAAGAUGCCUAAUGGUUGAAGAUGCUUGUUAUGGAUGGCGAAAGGUCUUCCAUGUUAUUGUGUAAAAUUUUGUACGUAAAAAUGUAUAAUAUUUUCUUUUUACAACUUGAAUAUGUUAAAUGUAGCUCGUUUAGGUGAGUUCCAAACUUUGUAACGUUUACAGUUGAUGAAUCUUGACAUUUGUAUAUUCUUGUGUUCU